UCAUAACUCUUCUGAAGAGUUCUCCUCACUUUUUCUGAUUCAUUAUUACAAAUCAAGAGAUAUUAUCUGAUAUUUUCACAUUGACAUUUCGUGAUGGCAUCUGUUUACAAAACUAUUUAUCCGGUCAAGUACCUCAGAGAUCAUUUGACACAACAGAUAAGACCCGAUGGUCGAGAAUUUCUUGGUUUUCGACCCGUCAGCGUCAACGUCUCUUCAAUCACUCAGGCCGAUAGCUCUGCUGUAUUUAAAAUUGGAAAUACCACAGUCGUUUGUGGAAUCAAGGCUGAAUUGGCUACUCCCAAACCCGAAGCCCCAGACUCUGGGUAUUUAAUCCCAAAUGUUGGAUUGAGUCCCCUUUGCUCGUCGAAAUUUCGUCCAGGGCCUCCAGGUGAUCAAGCACAGGUGACAACAAAAAUUGUUGAUAAUAUCCUCUGGAAUUCUCAAGUCAUCGACCUCAGGGAUUUGUGCAUUUGCAAGGAUAAACUGGCCUGGGUGCUCUACUGCGAUCUCGAGUGCAUUGAUUCUGAUGGAUCAAUCAUUGAUGCAUGUCUAGGGGCUCUCAUGGCAGCCCUAUCUUCUUUGACUUUACCAGAGGUUCUGCAUAAUCCAGAGUCCCAGUCGACCAGAGUCAAUCCGAAUAACCGGAGUCCUGUGCCUCUCAAAGGGAUUUUCACUGCCACAACGUUUGCAGUCUUCGAAGAAAAUCUAUUGCUGGCUGAUCCAACAGAUGAGGAAGAGAGUCAAGCUCUCGCGAGAUUUACAGUGGUUAUGAAUAAUGGUGAAAUCUGUUACAUGCACAAGCCAGGUGGUGUUCCAAUCAGUUCAGAACUCCUCUCGAGGAGUAUCGCAAGAGCCAGAAGUCGAUCAGAGAAUUUCAAAAGUCUAAUCACCACAGCAAUAUCUCCGAAAUAACAAGACGUAGAAAUAAUAAAUAUCUUUUUUCCACGUUUCGAGAGCCUUCCACAAAUUCAGUUAUACGAGGGACCACAAGGAGGAAUAAUUUAUUGGCGGGCACAAAAUCAUCAAUAAAAUCAUUUCAUCAUCAUUGUAAUAAUGUAAUUAUAUGCAGAGUUAUAAAUAUUUUUUAACGAAAAUAUAAAUUACGAGUGGAUCUCUAAGAUAAUUAAAUGCCACUGAAAGAA